UUUGUAAAAUUGAGGGGCAUAUCGUAAUUUGCUACAACCAACACCAAAAACCCUAGCUCUAAGCAAACCCUACUCCUAUUAUACCCUCAAAUAUCUCUCUCUCUCGCUCAGCUUCUCAGCCAUUUCGCCUCAGUACUCUGCUCCUCCACAUCCACACAACAAUGGCUUCGGAGAAGAAACUAAGCAACCCAAUGAGGGAGAUCAAGGUCCAGAAGCUCGUCCUCAACAUCUCCGUCGGUGAGAGCGGUGAUCGUCUCACCAGAGCCGCCAAGGUGUUGGAGCAACUCAGUGGCCAAAACCCUGUCUUCUCCAAAGCUAGGUACACGGUUAGGUCGUUCGGGAUUAGGCGUAAUGAAAAGAUUGCGUGCUACGUGACGGUGAGAGGCGAGAAGGCAAUGCAGCUUCUGGAGAGUGGCCUCAAGGUCAAGGAGUACGAGCUUUUGAGGAGAAACUUCAGCGAUACCGGCUGCUUCGGAUUCGGUAUUCAGGAGCACAUCGAUCUCGGAAUCAAGUAUGACCCUUCAACUGGUAUCUAUGGUAUGGACUUUUUCGUUGUUUUGGAGAGAGCAGGAUAUCGUGUGGGUCGUCGUCGUAGAUGCAAGUCCCGUGUUGGAAUUCAGCACAGAGUUACCAAGGAAGAUGCAAUGAAGUGGUUCCAGAUGAAAUAUGAAGGGGUGAUCCUUAACAAGUCCCAAAACAUAUCUUAGCUAAAUCUCCUUUAUAGCCUUUGAUAAAUUAAAGUUUUGGCGAGCUGUUACCUUCCUUUGGUUUCUUUACCAGGAUUUAUAUUUUGUCUGAAGAGAUUAUGAGUUACAUUAGUUUAAGUACUUUCCGGUGAUUUAAUUUUUUAACUCUCGAUGCUUUAAUAUAUGGGAGUUUGAUAUCA